AUGCGCUAAUUUCAAAUGUUGCUGUACCGUUCGUUUCUAUUGACUUGCAAACUAGUGAUCCAAAUUGUUAAAGUUAUCGAAGAGGUGAUCGAGUUGAUUGGUAAUCUUUAUGCUUUCACGGAACAAUGACCAGUGCAACGACAGGACUCGUACCUAUCACAGAGAUAACAGACCGAGAUGACGAGCAGGGGAUUGUAAACCUAAUACAAUCCUUGAUGCAACAUAUCCAGGAAAGAGAUCUGCUGCGAGACGAUUUGCGCCAGAAACAGGAUAAUUUUAGAAACAUAUUGGUAAAAUUAGAACGUGAAAAUAUGUCUCUCAAGAAGGAGAAUACUUCGUUGAGAACUUGCAAUGAUCAGCAGAAAAAGACGAUUUCUUCAUUGGAGGAGCUUGUCUAUAAGUUAGAUAAUCAGAUAGAUAGCUUGCUGCAUAAGUUAAAUAAUGCAAAUGAUGCUUUGAGGAGUAUGCAACAGGAGGUGAGAAACAGAGACAAACAACUAAAGCAGUAUGCAACAGACAAGCAGAAAAUAAUACAGAAAUGCAGUAAUAAGAUACAAGCUGAGACUGACAGAAUGGCCAAAGAAUUGGAGACCAAACUUCAAGAGCAGCGUGAACAAUUAGAGAGUCACAUUAAAAAGAAGGAUCAGAAAUUAAAAUUAGUGAAACAGAUACUGCUAAAUAAUGACAAUACAAUGUCUGAUGAUGCCACAAUAACAGCACAGUCGGAUUCUAAUUCAAAUACCGAGAGACCUGAGGAACCCGUCUCGACGACAUUCGUGAAGAAGCCAUUUGUGGUGGCAACCAUUGAUCCACAAGCUCUAUCAACAUCUACGAUCGUGUUAACUGAUGCCAUAGCAAAAUCAGACUCGGAAGCAACGAAAAACGCGAGUGAUCCGGUCGAACUAUGCAGACUGAGCAGAAGAGAUAAAAUUCCAGUGGUAAAUCUGAGAUAUCAGCAAUCGCGAAAUUCAAGCAAAUGGAUAGACCAUCGUCCUGGCCAGAUGGUACCCAUCGGUACGAUCUUUCAGCCGCAAACACCGAGCAAACACAGUAUCACAAAGCUGACAAAUCCGAAGCCUUUUAUGACCAGAUCCGCUAGAUAUUGCUUGUACGCGCAAGAACAAGAUACGGACGGUGAGCUCGAGACUAAACUGUACAAAGCGGAUGUAUUGCCGACAUGCAGUGGAGGAGCACAGGUUGUGUUUAAUGAUAUAGAAUGUCUGAAACAGGUCUCUCCGGCUAGACAGAAACAGCAUAGUAAGCCAGUAAACGCAGAAAGUAGUUCGGCAAAUUUAUAA